CAUGUCCGCUUUGUCUGUCAAUCCAAAGAAAAAGAGGCCGAUGUCCUAUUUCUGGGAGAUUCUGUGCUUCUUCAUUUUCAGAAUUCACUUAGUUAUAAACAAUAUAUUGAACCACUUCAUUGUCUCAACUUUUGCAUAUAUGGUGAUCAAACGCAAAAUGUUCUGUGGCGAAUCGAAAAUGGCGAGCUUGAUGGCUUUACUCCUAAAGUGCCAUCAAAACUAGUAGUAAACUACAAAACUCUUUAG